CGAUGCCGGGGCUCUGGGAACUGACUGGCUUGGAGCGAGGUAUUCUAGGCUGCCUGUACGUUAUUGCAGGUAUUUUUGGGACUACUGGGAAUCUCUUGACUCUCGUGACAUGGGGCCGAGGACUCCAGGAAUUGGGAUGCCGUGCCUGGUUGCACAUGAAUUUUGCUCUGUCCAACAUACUUAUUGUUGUCGUAUUUUUCUUUCCGGCUUCAUCUGCAUUCGCUGGAAGAUGGCUGUAUGGUGAGGUUGCCUGCCAGUCGUACGGGUUUGAAGGCAUGAUCGCUGGCAUGGGCCAAAUAGGAGCUUUGACGGCCCUAGCAUGGGGACAGGCAAAUGUUGAUGCUGAUGCCGACUCUCGUAAGAGAUCCAUCUUAUUUGGCUGGCUCUUUGCAUCUGUGUGGGCAAUUGGUCCUUUGAUUGGAUGGAGCAGCUAUGGCAUAGAAGCAGGUGGUGUUUCUUGCACUUUUAACUGGCAGGUGGUAAAUGUGUCUUAUGUCACCUAUGCCGUGAUGAUUUGGGCAUUUGGCUUUGUCAUUCCCUACUUCUUGUCCAUCAACUGGGUCAAGAGCACUGCUUGUAUCCCAAAGCAAAAACUUGAUCCCAAAGAUUGGUCCAAUUACCCGGAGAUAAACACGGUAAUUGGUUGGUGUAUAUUCGUGUCAAUCAUUGCUUGGAUUCCAUACGGUCUGGCGGCAGCCUGGCCAUUGUUUGCCAGCAUUGAGACCGUGCCGAAAAUAGUUGGGGUCUAUGCUCCCGUGUCGGCCAAGCUGGGAACCUGUUUCUAUCCGUGGAUCCAUAUUUGGCACAGUGCUCGCUUCCGCCAAACGGUGUCAAGCCUCCUUUUUGGAACCACUAGUAGCGCCUCCACCGCGGAAAAAGAAAAUUAAUCGAAAAUUCAAAGUGCAUUAGAUACGUCGUUUUUUAAGUGACGACCACGUUUAUUUUAUUUUUUAUGUGCGUGUCUUUCUAAUUCAGCAGUUGUUGUAAAUCGGAAAAUCCCAAUCAUUUAGGACACAAAAUUUUGUUAUAAAGCUUAUCUUUAGUCAGUGUACUUUGAAUUCUGCAUUUGUAUACGGAAGAAUUUGCGAAAUGUGCCGUCAUAUUCUUUAUUUCAAGUGUUCUUUAAGUAUGUAUAGUUUUCGUCUCAGGUACAUUCUUAUAUUUGACCAACGUGGUAAUGAGAUACACACUGAGGAGUGAUACAUCGUGCGACGAGUCAUGUCUUACCAUCUCAGUAACAGAACAUUCAGCCUUUAUUGCCACCAAGUGCAGAUGUGAGAGGUUUUUAAACAACAGGAAGGUUAUACCGAUUACCUGAUAAUGCCACAAAACAUUGCACUCAUGGUGAUUUGUAAAAUGAUGCCUUAUAUAUGCUUUUCAUGCUUUUUUAUUAUGUAAUUGAUGUCACUGCCUUACACUAGUAUUAUAUUUAACGAAGUUCGAACUUUUAUUAAUAGUUUUGUAAGCGAAAAGCCCAUGCAUCUCAAUUGGUGCCCGUCCAUUGUGUAUCAAGUGUGGCAAAAGCCUUUAUUGAACUUUUUUUUCUUUUUUGAGUUAGCCUCACUUAUAGCUUUUAUUGUCAUUAUUGGGGACCACCUGACAGUUGAAUCCCAUGGCAGCAUACGGGGAUCACCUGUUGACUGAGUGAGCCUUUCGCAUUCAAUCACACCUAAACUGAUUUUUUUCCAAAUAAAAGGAAGGAGUUAUACUGUAUAACUCUUUGAUAAAGGUCACGCGCCUUUUGGACUGUCCGCUACAUAUGGUUAGUGCAAAUUUGGUGCAGUGCAUGUUGUUGAACGGACUCCAACCCAGUGAGAUAUUAAGAGACAUUAGUGGGUGCUAUAACGGCCAUCUAAGCAGGAAAGAAAAAACAAAUUCAGAUCUCUCACGCAAUACACCCAAUUACCUUUCUCAUGAAUUACCGGUCAACAGCUGCAUCCCUUGUGGCAGCUCCAGUUAAAUAGUCUAGUCUUAGAGCAUGCAUAAGACACCAAUUUGUUCUGACGUGAUUAAAACUCAGUGAUUUUUUUCCAAAUGAUAAUUCUUCUGGAAUUCUGUCACGUGUUAGGCGUUGCUUCAAAGCAAAA